UCUAGCAAAUCAUCUAUGAGGGUCUUUUGGUGCAUAAAGGGGAUGGUGUAUGCUAUUACACGAUACUCUAUGGUAACCAAUUAUUUUUCUUGGAUGCUUAUUACUAUACAAACACAACCACACAGAAAAACUGGUUUUCAGCAACAACAAACCUAAUACUAAAAAAUACCCAUUUACUACGAAAGAAGAAAUACAUAAAGCAAUUAAACAUGUCAGCGCCUCAACUAGCUUCUUUAUCUUAUACAUCACCACCCGAUUCAGCAAAACUUGUGAAUACAAAAAUGGUAAUUGAGCUCAAAAAUAUUAAAUCCAUCGAACUAUGCGAUGCAAGUAAUACGUUUGCAGUACAUCAUAAAAAUACGACGCUCUAUUACCAAGCACCCAACACACAGGCAUUACUCGAGUGGGUGAUGCUGAUUAAUUGCAGGCUAAGACAAAUAAGCAAUAAAGAAGUGUAUCAUUUUGAAUACAUGGACCAAAUUAUACACUCUGGAAAACUCUAUGUUAAAAAAGACUAUAGCAGACACUAUCAACCACAGUACUGUAUACUUGUCAAAAGUGUUAAUUAUGGAGGUGCCCUCAUCCUAUUUGACAUGGUUAAAAGAUCAAACUUCUGCAAAUCAGGAGGAGAAUCAUUACCAAUCUAUGAAAAGAAAAGGGCUCUUAUUCGACUGGAGGAUUCGUAUGUGUACACAGGCGAUGAGUGUAUAUUUGAUCAGUUUAUCAAGCUUGACAGGUUACAAGAACCCGAUCGAUAUUAUUCUGAUGGACUGAUCACGGGCAGUGAUCGUGCCUCAGAUUGCGUCUUUAUCAUUUGGCAAGUAGCAAAACGACAUUUUAUAUCUAGUUUUCGAGAGCAUGUCUCCUUUCUCAAGCUAGGUCAUCAUCUUGGAACCAAAGGUACUUGCUGGGUAUUCAAAGCAAGAAAUAAAGAAGAAAAGGAUAUAUGGCUGUCGGCACUACAUAAAGAACUAUAUUGUGUAUGAUAUGUUCAUAUCUUUCUAUAAAAAUUUACAUGAGUGAAUGAUAAAGACACGAUGAUCGUCCAGCUAUUUCUAUUCUAAUUACAUUAUGUCAUAACUUG